AUGAUCUACGGUGCCAACAACGACAGCUGUGAAAAGGAUAGCCACAGCAGCAGCUACUCUAAUCUUGAGGAUGACAGUCUAAUGUCCCUUUUUGCAUUUCCGCUGCCAUCCUUGGAUCAAUUUGAUUCGUUUGAAUAUCCUUUUGACGAUCCAAGCAUGGAACCUUUACCCCUCGGAUCGCAAGCACAAGUUCCAGCACUGGUUCAUUCAAGUUCUGAUUCCAACGUCAUGAAUGAAAGCUCAAGCAAGAAGGGUCCCACAGGCAGUACUAAUAGCCUUGUACAAGACCUCAUCAACAUUCUAAACCCUCUCACCAGCCAAACUGUUGUGUCCAAACGAAGCAUCGAAGAGGCUUUCUUCGCUGAUGACCAAGUUCGUGGUAACAAGCGUCAGAGGACGACCUGUCCUAUGCAAGCUGCGAGCAGGACUCCUCAAGAAGAAAGCACGCCUCGAUUCCGACCUUACCAGGAGACCCAGUGGAGAGCGCAGUUCCAAAAGCUCGUCCAGUACAAGCUUGAGCAUGGACAUUGCUCUGUUCCUCAUGCUUAUCCAGAGGAUCCUAUCCUAGCUCGAUGGGUCAAGAGACAAAGAUACCAAUACAAGAAGUUUAACGAUAACAGUCCUACAUCUACAAUGACAACUCGUCCAUCCAAGACCUCGAAGCUAUCGGUUUCGUAUGGCACACUCAAGCGUUGGCUUGGCAGGAAAAGCUCAAUGAGCUCAGAAUCUUCAAGCAGCAAAAAGGCCAUUGCAACGUCCCGGCUCACUACCCACAGAAUGCCUCUCUGUCAACUUGGGUAA